AUCAGGGUUCGUUGUGGAGUGGGGUCAGAUGGUACGUAGUACGUAGUCAGUGAGUAGGUAAGGGGUGAGAGUGGGUGGUUGGUGGAUCCCUAGUUAGCCAAGACACAUUGGCAAGCGAUCGUGCCAGCAUGGCAGUAGCCGACGUUAGUAUUCGCAAGGACUUUGAGCCGCAGUCGUCUUUCGUUUAUUAUCCGCGAUCGGCGUUAAAUUAGUGAACUAUAUAAUAUAUAUAUAUGUAUAUAUAUAUAUAUAUAUAAGAUCGGUGUAAUUGAUUAAUAAUGGAAAAAAAAAACCAAACUAAUGUGUUAUCGAUCAUGUAAACAAAUAGAAAAUAAUAUUUUUCAUUUCAUGUGAUAUACAACGAACGAGGAAGAAUUUUGUGUAUCUUCGAAUAUACCCAAACACCCUUCAUAAUCGAUUAAUAUAUAUACAUAUAUACACAAAUAUAUAUAUAUAUAUAUAUAUGUAUGUAUGUAUAUAUAUAUAUACGUAUAUGUAAUAUGGCGUUGAAGGAUUAGAGUGCUAAAGAAUUUUUGUUGAGGAAAUCAAUGUUGUUGUGAUAAUAUUCCUGCCAAUAGGAUGAUAAAAAAGAUGUUGCAAUUAUUGUACGGACUAUCAUGGUGAUAUAUUUUUUUUCUUUUUCUCGUUUCUUUUUUUCUUCCUUCUUUUUUUUUUUUUUUUUUCUUUUUAAUCUAAAAAUCAUUUAAAUUCAUCCCUGAAACGUAUAUAUAUAUAUAUAUAUCUCCGUUCUAUCAGAUUUUCUUAGAGUCUAGUGAAUCAACCAAUGCAAAAAGAUUGGAUUUCAAAUUCAAAUUAUUAGUGUAUUGUUUUAUAAAGAUACGUUGAACGAUAAGUGCCGACAAAGUUUUAUCAUCGAUCGUGUAUCAUUACUGUACCCUCUUUUUUCUUCUUUUUUUGUUUUUCUUUUUUUUUUUUUCUUUUUUUACCAUGAAGAUUAACAAUCGUACAUACAACGAGAAAUAUUGGAAAAUAGUGACGAUCGUACGACCCUAUAGACGAAAGGGAAUGACGAUUGAUCUUAUAUCGUUGAAGUUUUCGUCAUAAAUAAAUAUAAUCGUAAUAUAAAAUCACGUACGACGUUUGCGAUAUAUCGUCCUUUAUGAGAGUGAAGAGAAAGAAAAAGAAAAAGAAAAAGGCAAAGAGAAAGAAGAAGAAAAGGAAAAAAGAAAAAAAAAAGAAAAAGAAGAGAAACUUUUCGAAGAGGAGGAUCUUCAACGAUGGAUCAUUAUUGUAUUUUCGUCCUGAUCGAAGUGUAAGGUUUCCUGCAGAAGCCCUUAGAGGAGACCGACAGGUCUUCCAAGCCAUAAAGGGGAAUGAUGAUAUGGUUCGAGGCACACAUUUAAACGUUGGAGAAAUUGGUUGCACUCACGGAGGUAUGCGUGGUUGCCAAGGUUACCGGAGGGGCUGGACCAGAUCUUUAUAGAGAGAGAGAGAGAGAGAGAGAGAAAGAGAGAAGAGCGUUGGCGCUAUCGAGGAUUUCAAGGAGGGGCGGGCUACGGGGGUGUGUGCUUACUAGGGGAGGUUGCAGUCAGAAAUUUUAUAGAGAUGGAGUUUCUGCAGAAUCAUCACACGGUGAACACCUCCGAGUCGCCGUACACUCUCGGCACAGUGGGUACAAUCGAGGCGACCAUACCAUCUGGACUUUGUACCGGUUCGUUGGGUGUUCUUACGAACGACGAUACCUUGACCGACAAUCAAAAUGAAGAAACGUUAAGUGCAUUGCAAGGUACAUUACGUUUGCAAGAUUUACAAGCCUCAACGGAGGAUAUUACGGGGCCAGAUCAAACUCAACAAAUUCAAACGAAUUCAGGCCAAGGGCAAGUGGUCGGUGGUGAAUUUGGUAGUGGUUUUUGGGUCGACGAUAUGGCAGGUUUUCCACCAUUGGAUUUGGAUCCAUUGCCUGGUUUGUUCAGUCCUUGUUCGGGUACAUACAAUUGGGGAUGUCCAAGGGGCGAUUGCGUACCAAGGACAAACAAUGGUAAUGGCGAGGGCGUCGCUGACGUAUUGUUAUCCUUGAAACAUGCCGUCGUACAUCCUGGAAGUCCUACGGGAGGAUAUUAUUCAACCGGCGGACCAACGACGCAUCACUAUACGCAAGACUAUACACAAAAUUUAGGACCACCCGUAGGCCCACCACCGACCCAUUAUACAUCGGCACCGGCAAUGUCGGUCAACGUUUCGAUGAAUAUGACGAUGAACAUGAACUUGCAUCCUGGGUACGAGCAAAGUUAUUCGUCGGCAUGGGGUGCAGAACCGUUGUUAAGUCCCGCCCCUCAAUACAAUCCGGUAGAAACACAGACGAGGGUAAAUCAGGCAUCGGCGAAUGGCCUGAUAGGUGGUAGUACUACUGGUCACGCCCACGCUCAUCCCCAUCCGCACACUCACCCCCGUCUCCAAGGACCGAACGAGCACGCGCUCUGUGUUAAUGGUGGUGGAGGUGGACCAAACGUCGUAACCAACCCGGACGACAAUGGCAGGCCAAAUCUCUGCAGGAUAUGCGGAAAAUCUUAUGCCCGGCCUAGUACUCUUAAAACACAUCUUAGGACUCAUUCUGGCGAGAAACCAUUCAGAUGUCAUGCGUGCUCGAAAGCCUUCAGCCAAGCUGCCAACUUGACCGCCCAUACAAGAACACAUUCAGGAGAGAAACCAUUCCGAUGUCCAGUUUGCGACAGAAGAUUUUCACAAAGUAGUUCGGUGACGACACACAUGAGAACUCAUUCCGGGGAACGUCCUUACAGAUGUCGCCUCUGCAAGAAAGCGUUCUCCGACAGUUCGACGCUGACAAAACACUUACGAAUUCAUUCCGGUGAGAAACCAUAUCAGUGCAAGGUAUGUCUCCUAAGAUUUAGUCAAAGUGGCAAUCUCAACAGGCACAUGAGGGUUCAUACGGCGACCCUAACGUGACACAAUUCAACGAAGACAAUCGAUAGCAAUCAUUCGCUGCCACGUUAUUGUCGAAUACCGGUUAUUCGACAUGGAACUGGAACUAUUACUACUACUACUACUACUACUACCACUACUACUACUACUACUACUACUACUACAACUACUACUACUACUACUAAUGCUGCUGCUGCUGCUGCUGCUGCUGCUGCUGUUGCUGCUGCCGCUGCCGCUGCUGCUGUUACUAUUAAUAAUAAUAAUAACACUAAUACUGCUAAUAACUUGACGACAAAAAUUUAGAAUAAUAAUCGAUAAAUAGAUCGAAAUACAAAACACCGAAGUGUGUGUUGUCUCUGUACAGCCGAUAAAUCUUUCUUCUCUCAUUCCUCCCGACUGCAAACGAGAUUUAAAAAAGAAAAAAGAAAAAAAAAGAAAACAGAAAGAAAGGAAAAAUAUUUAAAAAAAAAAAGAAAUACCGUAAAAACCAUCCUUAAUAAAAUUCGAUUCUUUCGGAAUGUGUUUUUCUAAAGGGGGGCGGGGAAAAAAAGAAAAAAAAAAAAGAAAAAAUAAGAAAAAAAAUCCAACCUAAAGAUCGUAUCGAUCAUCGUCCACGUUCGAGUCUUCGAAUGGAUAAUAUCGUAAAUUGAAAACAUUAAAGAAAUUCAUACGAAUGCAAUCGAAAUAAUAAAAUAAAUAAAUAAAUAAAUAAAAAGAAAUAAAAAUACAAUUAAAAAAAAAAAAAGAACAUCAAAAUUAAAAAUCAAUAUAUAAAUAAUAUCCUAAUAAAAUACAAUUCUAAUGAAAUAUUUUAAAAACCAAUCUAAAGAUUUCAUCGAUCGUUCGUUCGUUCGUUCACGUUCGAGCCUUCGGAUAGGGAAAAUCUAAAUCAAGAAAUGAAAUGAAAUGAAACGAAAUGAAAUGAAAUGUAAUGAAAUGAAAUGAAAAAAAAAAAGAAAAGAAACGAAAAGAAAGAAGAAAAAAAAAACGCAAAAGAAUAUCUCCAAGUCUAAGCGUAGAUCAUUUAAAAAUCAUGGCGCGAUCGAGAUGAACGUUUUAUAUUUUUAAAUCCACAAUAUGAAUAAUAAUCGAAGGAUCAACGAUCGAGAUAGAUAAUAUUAUAUCGAUCGAUAAAUCGGCAAGGAGAGAGAGAUCAAUAGAUCGAUCCGAUCGAUCGAUCAAACGCACUUAGCUAUUUAAAUUAGAUCGGGAUCGGGUUGUUGAUGGGAUAUCGUAAUUUAGAUCUCCAACACAUCCACCAUAGCACCGUUGAUUAUUGUACAAAUAUUGUAUUUAUUAUAAUUAAUUAUAAUAUUAAUGUGUU